AUGAGGUCCGAAAUUCUCAAGUGGUGUUGGGCAGUUCACAGAGAGUUGCUGAGCACUGAGGAUGUUGGGGAGACAGGUGGAACGCCGGAUGUAGAGCCUGUGCCAGUCCAGAGGAAGGUGACUUGGUUGCCCUCCACCAAAGAGAUGCAUUGGUGCAGGUGCAUCUUCCUGGUCUUGGAUGACCCGGACAACUUUUUGAUGAGCAAAGUUAUCUCCGCCUUUGUGGUGGCCACGAUCUUGCUGAGCACUACGUCGUUCAUUCUAGAGUCAAUGCAGUCCUUUGCAAAGCGCCCAGAGCUCUGCGAGCAGCUUCGGGCAGCUGGUCAGCCGCUCACGGUCGAGGCAUGUGAGCCGGUGCCCCACGAAAGUUUUUUUUACAUUGAAGCCGUGUGUAUAUUUAUUUUCACCGUUGAGUACCUGGCGCGCAUCCUCACUUGCCACGCGGAGCCUGCGCUGGGUGAAACUCCAACAAUCCGCACCAUGCACUAUGCGAGGAUGCCGUUGAACAUCGUUGACUUGUUGGCAGUUGCCCCGUUUUAUUUGGGCUUCAUGCUUGGGAACUCCGUGAGCUCGCUGCGAGUGCUCCGCCUGGCCCGCGUGCUCAGACUCUUCAAGCUCGCGAAGCACCAUGGGGGCAUGAGGCUUUGCUUGGAAGCGAUGAUGAGAAGUGGGUUUCCGUUGGCAAUCUUGAUGUUCUUCAACGUGAUUGUUGGCAUCAUUUUCGCUUGCGUGAUGUUCUUCGUGGAGGGGCAGCAGUUUUCAGUCGCACCUCAGUUUACCCGGCCGCAGAUCGACGCGUUCAACAACACCGUGCCGGCUCCAUUUCCGACCGGCGUCUUCGUCCGCAUCGAUGCGCAGGGUGAGCAUGAAGUCCAGACCCCUUUUCGCUCAAUACCGAUUGCUUUGUGGUGGGCUUUCUCGACGAUGACGACAGUGGGCUAUGGCGACAUCGUCCCCACCACCCUGCCAGGAAAGAUCGUUGGCGUGAUGUGCUUCUACUGCGGAGUGAUCCUCUUGGCACUGCCGAUUGGGGUUUUGAGUUCGAACUUCGAGAAUGCCUAUUCGCAAGCUUCGUCCCAUUCCCAUGUGGGGGGGCGCAGGAUAUCCUUCCAUGAGGGUUACCGGCUUACCACAAGAACAACCAAGUUGGACGUCAGUGCUCAGAGUCGUGGGUCGCGUUGGUUUCCAGAAGGCACUUCCUGGAGUCGGAAGAUCUUCUCCAUCUUGAGCGAUGCCGGCUCCAGCCGCGCGUCCAACGUGGUGUCCUGGUUCGUCACAGCAGUGAUCAUGGUGGCCACAGUGUCCAUGCUGCUCGAGUCCCUGCCUGAAUUCAAUUACACUCCGGCCGAGUGUAAGCCGUGGCCAGAGAUAACGGUUGCGAGCUGUCGUCCAGUUCCUCGUCCUGCGUUUGAGUACGUGGAGCUCGUUUGCAUGAUCAUCUUCACCAUUGACUAUGUGCUGCGAAUUGUAUUGGUGCAUCGUGCAUCGCCUAAAGACAUCGGCUUAGAUGAGAAGGACGUCGGCCCGUUCAGGAUGACUUGGAAGUAUGCGGUACAAGUGCUGAACCUGGUGGACUUUUUCGCCAUUGCACCGUACUACGUCUCUCUCAGCGGCUUGUACCAGGGGAGCACCGCUGCGCUUCGAGUGCUGCGGCUGGUCCGGGUGUUUCGAUUGAUGAAAUCCCCGAAGCUGCGGGAUGGUGUGGAGAUGAUCAUCAACAUCGUCGGGGACUCCUUGCCUGGAAUCCUAUCGGUGUUCUCCUUGACGAGCAUUGUGUGCAUUCUCUUCUCCUCCAGCCUUUGGAUCUCGGAGGGGACGGAGUAUUCUGUCAGCGCGUUCCCAAAUGAGUACCCGCUUGGGGUCUACGUUAGACCUACGAAAUAUGGCUAUGGUGUGGAGCCCACGCCUUUUACUUCAAUCUCUCAUUGCUUCUGGUGGUUCUUUGUCACUGCUACUACUGUUGGUUAUGGGGAUGAAUAUCCGACAACAACGCUGGGAAGACUCACAGCAAUCGGAUCCUUUUAUGCAGGGAUUGUGUUGGUGGCGAUCAAACUCACAAUUGUAGGCCGUGCCUUAAAAAGGCAGUUCCCACAGUGGAACGGACAG